GAAAAUAAAAGGGAGAAUAGAUAGGCGAAAUAAAACUAUGUAGAAGUGGAACAGGAAAGAUGGGAAGUAAAAAAUAUGGAAAGUAAGGCAAGACCUGUAUAAGUGAAGGACCUGUACUGUGGGAGCACUAGUGCAAAUACUGGUGCUGGAAAUGAGAUACUAAAUAAAAUGCAUCACCCCUGGUGAGGAGAGGGGAGGGAAAGAAAUAGAUGGUGUAAAGGAAGGGUCAUGAACCCUAGAAAUAAGAUUGUGAGGAACUAAAUAGGAACUGUUGUUGUGCUGUUUCUCACAUCUUUUCUUCCUAAUCCUGGUUUGUCCACCUGCAGGCCAAUCCUUUUGCUUCAGUUAUGCACAUAUCUAAGGCAUAAUAAUUAAAAACAAAGGUACACGCGGAGCAUGGAUACAGGAGGGGAACGUGUUCAGUGGAGUUGAUGUGUUUUGAGACUACUAGAAAAAUCAGUGUUUGGUGGCUUUUAAAUAUAGGUAAUUACAAAGCUUGAUAGAAUAGCACUGGUUGUUUUAUAACAAAGAUAACUUAUUUAAGCCUUGUUUUGGUGUCUUAAAAUCUCCAAGAAGGAUCAGAAAUCUUGUAAGAGCACCCAGCAGACUAGGAAGCUUGAAGAGCCUCAAACUUAAAUUCUAGGAUUAUGUAUGCCCCUGAAACUUCUGUCUCGCCUUUCAAUGAAAUUUGUGAUGCUUUAUGUUCUUGAAAAGAUUGUGGGCAGCCAUAAAAGUGAUGGGAACUGGGAGAAGUCCUAAAUAAGCGUAAUGAUCUUGGUUUUAAUUUUUUAUUCUCCCUAGAAGUUCAUGGAAGAAUUUGUUUGGAGUAUUUUACCCUGUUGCAUGGAGACUGACACUUCCACUAUUCCUUUGUCAUUCCCCAAGUAACUUCUGAAGUCUAUACUCUCCUAGACAAAAUCCUCUUCAAAUGGGCUGAACCAGCACAUUUGUCUAGGCUAGGAGUACGCCACUUAACAUUGGUUACUGCUGAAUGGUGAUAACCGCCAACUGGAUCACAUCUUUACCUUGCAGCUAAAGAAAAUGGUCAUCUUUGAUAGAGAUUUUGCAACAAUUUCUGAUGGUGUGCUUCUAAUAUGGUGAUCGUGUUUGUCCACUAUGUCCAGAAAACUUGAUUAUGUGGUCCCAAAUCCUCUACAGAGAGCAAAUACUUACAUGUUUGCUUAUUUUACCCAUUCUCUUGCUGUUGCUGUUAGUGACUAAGUACUUCAUCAAACUAAUUCAGGUAAAUAGUACUUGCCAGUGGCAGUGGAAAAUGUUUGUGCUUCUGAACUUUAGGUUGCCACAAGAAGGAAUUUGAGUCUUCAGGCUCAGUGUCCCUCUGCAGCUUCCAACUUUGUAUGUCAGCUGAUGUCUUGACACGCUUACCUGGCAGGGAAAAUUACGCCUGAUGCUGCAUGAUUCCAGAAUCUUCUGUUUUUUUGGCAUCUCCUGGAGGAGAUACCCCCUCCCACCUCCAUUAAAAUGGCUUGCUUUCCCAGUUUGCCCUAUUGUGCCCUUUACUUAGCUACGGUUGACCACAUGCCUUCUCAGUACCCUCUUCCCUCUUCUGCUUCCAGUUCCCGUGUAGAAGGAAGAACGUCAUCUGUCUGCAGUUGCAAAGAAAAGCAUGGUUUCCUUGCUGAGGGAUGGAGCUGCUUAUAGUGACAACCUAUCUUCGGGCAUCUCUGCCUCUGGUGUUUGGAGUUUUUGGAAGAACAGUGGGAGCAAAUAAAUCCACUAUUCCUGACAGUGCUGGGGACUGACUCAUGGGGAAAGAAACCAUCCAAAUGUAAAUGCCACAGGCAGUGGCAUGAAGUGGCUUUCUGAGGUGCUGCUGGUGAUCAGUCCUUUAGAAAAGCAUCAAGAAGAAUGUAUUUUGGAGCAAGCUGCUGCUUCUGAUGCUGCAGUAAAAUGAAGACCAGAACUGGAGUGAUUACUGAAACCCCAGCCAAAAAAAAAGUGCAUUACUUGUUCAUAACAACUCCUUUGAGUGACUGACUUGACUCUUGCACCUCAGAUUGGACUUUUAUAGUAGUGAUGAUUUGUAGAGUUGCCUCUGCGGCACCUGUGUUCUCCAAGGCCAGCAGAAGUGUUGAUGCAGUACCACUUUGGGGCAGCAGAGCACGUGUGGCAAACAGGGUUGGUACAGUAGGCCUCACUAAACUUAGCUGCAACUAAGAAUUUCUCCUACAUCAACUGAGUUAAGGCUGAUGCUCUUGUGGAAUGUGGAUUAAAAGUGCGUGCUAAGUUCCAAAUUUCCAUUUGAGAAGCGGAGAAAGUAAAUGUACCACAACCACCAGCAUCAGGACAGCAAACCAAGGGACAAAGAAUUUGAUCCACAGUGUUGAUAUAUGUUAACUGGUUCACGUGUUGCUUAAAAGACGUUUGCUGGGGGGCGAGAAGUGGACGUCAGCUGUGCGAAGUCAUUUUGUUUACAAAAAUGAGGGCUUCUUUGGAAACAGCAGACAUUGCCAUUGUGGCACUGUACUUCGUGCUUGUAAUGUGCAUAGGUUUUUUUGCCAUGUGGAAAUACAAUCGGAGCACCGUAAGUGGCUACUUUUUGGCAGGGCGUUCUAUGACCUGGGUAGCUAUUGGUGCAUCUUUAUUUGUGAGCAAUAUUGGAAGUGAACAUUUCAUUGGGCUCGCAGGAUCUGGAGCGGCAAGUGGAUUUGCAGUAGGUGCAUGGGAAUUCAACGCCUUAAUGCUUUUGCAGCUUUUAGGAUGGGUCUUCGUCCCAGUCUACAUCCGGUCGGGAGUAUACACCAUGCCUGAAUACUUGUCCAAGCGUUUUGGAGGGCAUAGAAUUCAAAUAUAUUUUGCAGCAUUGUCUCUAAUUCUUUAUAUCUUCACCAAACUCUCAGUUGACUUGUAUUCAGGGGCACUUUUUAUCCAAGAAUCGCUAGGUUGGAACCUCUAUUUGUCAGUUAUCCUCCUUAUUGGAAUGACUGCCCUGUUGACUGUGACUGGAGGUCUUGUGGCUGUCAUCUACACAGACACCCUUCAAGCUCUGCUUAUGAUUGUUGGUGCCCUCACACUUAUGAUCAUAAGUAUUACGGAGGUUGGUGGGUUUGAAGAAGUUAAAAGAAGGUACAUGUUGGCGUCGCCAAAUAUUACAUCUAUCUUGUUAACCUACAACAUUUCCAAUACCGAUUCCUGCAAUGUCGACCCAAAGCCUGAUGCUCUUAAAAUGUUGCGCGAGCCAACAGAUGAAGAUAUUCCCUGGCCUGGAUUUCUGUUGGGACAGACCCCAGCUUCUGUCUGGUACUGGUGUGCUGAUCAAGUCAUAGUUCAGAGAGUUUUAGCUGCAAAAAACAUUGCUCAUGCCAAAGGAUCCACUCUGAUGGCAGGCUUCUUAAAGCUGCUGCCGAUGUUUAUUAUAGUUGUCCCAGGGAUGAUUUCACGAAUACUGUUUGCAGAUGAUAUCGCCUGCAUUAAUCCGGAACACUGUUUUCAAGUCUGCGGGAGCAGAGCUGGAUGCUCUAACAUCGCCUACCCACGUUUGGUGAUGAAACUUGUGCCGGUUGGUCUGCGGGGACUGAUGAUGGCUGUGAUGAUUGCUGCACUGAUGAGUGACUUGGACUCGAUAUUCAACAGUGCCAGCACCAUAUUCACACUUGACGUCUACAAACUCAUUCGGAAGAGCGCGACGUCUAGAGAACUGAUGAUUGUAGGAAGAGUCUUUGUUGCGUUCAUGGUAGUUAUAAGCAUUGCCUGGGUCCCGAUAAUUGUAGAAAUGCAAGGUGGUCAGAUGUACCUUUAUAUUCAAGAGGUAGCGGACUAUUUGACCCCACCGGUGGCUGCUCUGUUUCUUAUGGGUAUCUUUUGGAAGCGUUGCAAUGAGCAGGGGGCUUUCUAUGGCGGAAUGGCCGGGUUUGUUCUUGGAGCGAUACGGUUGAUACUGGCCUUUAUCUAUCGUGCUCCAGAGUGUAACCAGCUGGAUACUAGGCCAAGCUUUAUCAAAAACAUCCAUUACAUGUAUGUUGCAACAGCGCUGUUCUGGAUCACUGGGAUUGUGACCUUUGUAGUAAGCCUCCUCACGCCUCCGCCUACGAAGGAGCAGGUUCGGACGACCACUUUCUGGGCCGUGAAAAACAGGAGUGUAAAAGAGAAUGCUGCAAAGGGGGAGCUGUACAAAGUGCAAGAAAAGAGCAUCCUCAAGUGCAAUGAAAACGCAAACCAUAUCAUUCCAAAUGGCAAAUCAGAAGAAAAUAUUAAAAAUAUUAAGCCGGAGGAUAUCAAUCUUCUGGUUACUUGCAGAGAUGACAGCAACCCAAUGAGUUCGGUGAGUCACUCUGAAGUCGAGACACCAGUUGAUUGUUAUUCGAAUGGACAAGCGGCUUUGAUGGGGGAGAAAAAGCACGAGGAAGAGACUGAUGAUAGAGAGAGACAUUUGAAAUUCAUAGAUUGGUUCUGUGGCUUUAAAAGUAAAACCAUGAACAAGAGAGCUGUUCGGGAGAUCGAGGAAGAGACUGUUUGUUUACAAAUGCUGGAAGAGACUCCAAAAGUUAAACUAUUACUAAAUACUGGACUGGUCUGUGUCUGUUCACUUGGAAUAUUCAUGUUUGUCUAUUUCUCUUUGUGAGUGAAUAGUGAACUUUUAAGGGUAUGGCUAAACAUACAGAAGUUGAUACAGGUCUCUGGAGAUUUUGUUUGUUGGUGGGGUUUUUGUUUGUUUUUGUUUGGUAUUUUUUUCUUUUCAGCUAACAUAACUGCAACCCAGGCAUUGUUUACGCUAUAAUUGUAAGAUCGACUCAACUUUAGCUUAUUUAGAGACCAUCUGAGACAUGUUGCCCUAUCGCUGCUGAGGGCAGAACAUGUCAUGUGGUGUCUUUUUCUUUUUUUCCCCUUUUGUCUUUUUUUUUUUUUUUUUCCCAUUUGCAGUACUAACCUUCUGUUUUUCCGUGUAUACAUGUAUAAAUAUACCAAAGGCAGGCAGGUGGCUGUGUUUGAAGUCAGGCAGUUACAGAGCUCAGUCAGCAUUCGGGUGCAGAAAGCACGUAAUCAUUUGCCCAUGUGUAAAAUCUAAAUGAUUAAAAGCUGUGCGGAAAGAUUUUUUUUUUUCUUUAAAAUGUAAGGAUGCAAUGGACAUCAUUGUGUUGUCAUUCUUUGUAACAGCGAUAUUACCUCUGCCAACUUAGCACUUCUUCAAUUUUGCUCACUGCUGCUAGUUUUUUUUCCAGUUUCUCAUUUGUCUUACAGUAACAGCAGGAUGCACUUAAAACAUGAUAGCUGUUAGUAGCUUUCUACCUUUUUUUCCAAGAUGAAAUUUUUGUUUUUCCACUGUAAAUUCCAUUACUGAAAAGUUGCUGUAUUAAAAAAAAGAAAAAAACCAAAUGCAUCAACCUGGAGAUGACAAACUGGCAAUAGAGGAGAGGGGAAAAGUUUAAAAAAAAAAAAAAAAAAAAAAAAAGUGGUACUCUUUAUUUGGGUUUUGUAGGAUACUGAAAUAGAGUAUAUAUUCAGCCUCUUCAGUCCCCAAACCUUUAGGACAUAAUUAGGGUUAGCCUCUUUUUAGAGAAAAAUCUGUACGUAGGUUCUACCACAUGGGAAAAAGAGAAGUGUGAGACUCUGCAUGUCUUCAGUUUGGCAAGCACACUGAAAAAUAACUUUUCCUCUGCUGUGUGUGUAUCUAGAAGGAAAUACUCUGCAGCCCAACCACUGCUGCAUACGGGGUCUGUAAAGGGAGGAAAAAAAAAGUGGGAAGGCAAGAGGAAGGGGAGGUGGGGGGAAGUGAGGGGAAGAGGUAGAAGUGGUCCUUACUUCCCAGAGUUGUUUUGCUUCAUGUCUUCUCCCGCUUCCCCUUUCACCCUGUCAAACCUUCUUUUUUUAAGGAAUAAGUCCUGAGGGAUUCUGUGCCAGGAGAUAAGGAGCGCGUGCAGUCAUAAUCUAUGUCGGCAAUUGAGGUCUGACCUUACAAUUCUUAAAAAAAAAAAAAAAAGCUUUUCCCAGGUGAUCACAGAUGAUCAGUAGGUCUUGAGAUGCUGAGGUUCUUUUCUCCCGAAGGACGGAUGCCUGAGGCAGGCAUGAACAGCUUCCAGGCAUGGAAGCCAUGUGUGUGCAGCAAGUGGGUGGAGCUCAGCAGAC